CCAAGUGGAGUUGCGAAAGAUAAAUCCGAGAUGGCCAGCCAGCAACUGCCCCUUUUCACUGGUUUUCUUCAUCGAUUACCAUUAGCCUGCCAUGGCAAACCACCAAGACGAUCUCGAUCUCCUUCUCUCUCUUCAGGAUAGGGUUUUAGAAACCCCUCCUGCUUCUCCCUCUGCUCUCCACUCUCCUUCGCCUGGGUACCUGUCGGACGAUGGGUCGCCCAAGCGAACGGGGCAGGUGGAUAUGUCUGAUUUCCGUGAUGCCGUCCAAGAUUGCCUCGAUUAUGGGCCUGAAAAUGCCAAGCAAGCUCUCAAAUCCAACCAGAUUAUCAAGUCGAAUGAUCCUCUGGUUGAAAAGUUUUCGGGUCUGCGAAUUCGGAAUCAGCUGGUCUCCUCUGCAGAACUGACCAAUCGCUUUUCAGAUAUUCGAUUUGUUCGGUUACAAGCAAUAAAGAAUGUCCUAAUGGGGGAUACACUCUCUGGUUGUUGGGCAACUGUUGGAGUUCUAGUUGAGAAAGGGAUUCCAAAAGUUAGCUCUACAGGGAAGAACUAUUGUAUAUGGAAAAUUGGGUGUUUAGAUGAAAAGACUAUUUCUGUUUUCUUGUUUGGUGAUGCUUACCAGAGAUACUCAACAGAGAUGGCUGGAACUGUUCUUGCUUUGUUUAAUUGCGCAGUUCGCAAAGACAAUUUGGGGGCAGGAUUUUCCUUGAGUGUUUAUUCUGCGACUCAUGUUUUAAAGAUUGGCACAUCUGCAGAUUAUGGAGUUUGCAAGGGGAAAAGGAAGGAUGGGAUGGCUUGUACACUAGUCAUUAAUAAGCGUCAUGGUAUAUAUUGCUCAUACCAUAGAUCAAAAGCAUCUCAGAAGUACUCUGUUACCCGGACUGAGCUCAAGGGAGGGAAUUUAAAGACAGCCUUCAGGAAUCCUCUUAAGUCGGAAGGAAUUUACUUGGUUGAUCCUCUGGCAGACAGAACAAAUGUAAGAAAACCCAUGCAACCAGUGAAGUUGUUGUCUGUAGAUGCGUUGAAGAGGGCUUUAAGCAAUGCAGGGAAAGUAACAACCAAUAUCCACUCACAAGGAAUAAGAUUUCUCACUGAAGUCACAGGUAAAUUGGUUCCAAAAUCUACAGAUGGAGCUUAUGUGUUGCCUAAUCUACAAAGCUCAACAAAGAGAUCAUUGUCAAGUACAAGGUGUGAUACAUCUGCAGUCAGAAGUCCACAAACAAAUGCAAAAAGAACGAAAUUGGAGGAUGGAUUACCCAAGAAAGCAGAGGUUAGAGAAAAGAUGAUCGAGUUAGAUUUUGUUAGCUCAGAUGAAGAAAUGUGAGACUUCCUUGUUAACCCCCUUUACAAUGUGGUGCAACAGUCCAUCUUCUAGAAAGAGAUGACGGCCACAAUUCCUAUGCAUGUGAUUGAGGAUUAUAGCUCCAACAAGACACAUAGUAGAAAUAUAAAUCGGUGAUAGUGGUCCCCUUUGUUCCACUUCCUGUUACUGCAUUGAGUGGGACUACUUUCUCCAAGGGCAACCAAAAACUUCAUCAUAUGUGGGCUCUUCAGAUUUGUUGAUAUUUUGAGGAAAAUGAAGUUUUAUUGGUUUCCGUGCAAAAACACAGUUUUAUCCAUUGGGGCACUGGAGAUUUGACCAACCACUGUAUACUAGAAUCCUCCGAUUUUGAGGUUGGCUAAUUAUGAUUGAAAAGCUUGAGAAAUUCCGUAAGUGCUAGCUGUUGAACUUGAUGCUCUUCUUUUGAACUGGCUGGCUUCAGUAUUUAAAUCACAAAAUAUGUAACGUUCCUGAGGUCCUCUUAGAGAUUUCUGGUUGUGAAAGUUUAGGUCCAGUAUGAUUAUCAAAUUUCUUUUUAGGGUGACAUUUUUACUGUUGAAAUAAUGUUACUGUAAAUGUCUUCUUUGUCAAGUCUAGGAAGGUAAGAGUUGAGUUACAAACUUGGAUGAUAUGAAGU